AUAAUGUCCAACUUAAAUUCGCCAAUCCAGAGAUCAUCAGAGUUCCCAACGAGCCAUGCGAGCACGGCGCCACGCGGCAUCGACUCGCAAGCUCUUUAUGAGAAGGAGCAGAACCUCCUCCGUUGGGACGAGGAGUUGAGAGCACGAGAGAGGAAUCUCAAUGUCCAGUCACAAGGCACUGGCUUCAACAACAGCGCUUCUGCUGCCGCCCCCGCCACUGGCCGCGGUUUCAUGCCCUCGGUCAACAUCUCUGAGGACAUCCCCAUCGCCAACCAGAAGUUGGCCAAGUUUGCCAUGGGUGUCUUUGGCUGGACUUGCCUCAGUUUGGUUUGGAACUUUGUGUGUGGUAUUGCAGCCAUCAUUUACAGUCAGGUCGCUGACUUCUUCCUGUCCCUCUUCUACCUGUUGGUCGGUGUCCCCAUUGCCUACUUCCUCACAAGAAGACUGUACAGAGCCGCCAGAAACGGAAAGCCCAAGGCCAACUAUGCCUUCAUCAUGGGAUACGUUGGACUCUUCCUCUUCUCUCUCUUCUUUGCUCUCGGUUUCAAGUACUCUGGUAUGCACGGUCUUAUCUGGAUGAUCAGUCUCUUCCACAACCACCACAAGGCUGUUGGUGCCCUCAAUGUUGUUUCCCUGUUCUUCUGGGUUGUCAACUCAAUCUUGAUUGCUGGAGUCUUGUUCAAGGUUCUCCGUAUGACCAACAUCCAGAGAAACAGAGGUGAGACCGCCAACUUUGGUCUCCGUGACUACAUCAGAAGCCGUUAA